AUGGAUCAGGGACUAAUCUUGGAUGUAUUUGAUGAGGGUGCACUAUUGGAACAUUUCAUAGUGAGGAUUGACCUGCAGGACAGAAUUAGAGUUUUCCAACACAGAGACUCGCAACUAAUGAGAAUUGUAGAAAGGGUACAGCAAGGAGAGGAUUGUGAAUUUAAGUUUGAUGCAAAUGGUGCUCUUAUGCAAGGCUCCAGGAUAUGUGCCUUGGAUGUGGAUAACCUUAGAGUUAAAAUCAUGCAAGAGGAACACUGCACAACCUAUAAUGUCCAUCCAGGCUCCACCAAGAUGUACCAUGAUGUGAAAGACAGGUACUGGUGGAACAGCAUGAAGAGAGAUAUAGCAGACUUUAUGUCCAAGUGUUUAACUUGUCAAAAGGAUGAUCAGCCACCUUUGGUAGAGUUUACCUACAAUAAUAGCUAUCAUUCCAGUAUCGGGAUGGCACCCUAUAAAGCACUGUAUGGCAGGAGGUGUAGAUCUCCUUUGUGUUGGACAGAAGUGGGUGAAACGAAGAUGCAUGACCUAGAUCUAGUGCAGUACACCUCAAAAAUAGUCCCUAGGAUCAGGGAACGCUUGAAGACUGCUUUUAGUAGACAAAAGAGCUAUGCAGAUCCCAGGCGGAGGGAUGUAGAUUUUGCAGUGGGUGAUUAUGUAUUUCUAAAGGUCUCUCCGAUGAAGGGAGUUAUGAGAUUCGGGAAGAAAGGCAAGCUAGCACCUCGAUACAUAGGGCCUUUCGAGAUUAUUGAUAGAGUUGGAGCUGUGGCGUAUUGA